AUGCCAAGGAGCCUCGUAUUACGACCCUCCUGGCGUUCUCUCUGGAGCCGCUUCCUCAUCUGCUUGGUACUAUUUUCGCUACAUGCUUAUGCGGCCUCUCUCGAUCCCUCGAAACCCAAUAUCAUCCUCAUCAUCACAGACGAUCAAGAUGUCCGCACCGGGACGCUCGACUACAUGCCGAAGCUGCAUGCCUCGAUUGCAGAACAAGGCUCAACAUUCACGCAUUUCUACGCACCUGUGUCGCUGUGUUGCCCUUCGAGAGUGUCGCUGUUGAAGGGUCAAUACGCACAUAACCAUAAUGUGACGUAUGUGUCUACUCCGUAUGGAGGAUGGGAAGUGUUCUGCGAGAAAGGGCAUAACAGCGAGUAUUUGCCCAUAUUUCUGCAGGAGGCUGGGUAUGGCACUUAUUAUACAGGAAAGCUGAUGAACGGCAUGCAAGUUGACAACAUACAACAACUUCCAGCGGCUGGAUGGACGAAUGCAGACUUCCUAGUCGAUCCGAAUACUUACCUGUUCUACAACUCGUCUUUCUCUGCUAAUGGCGAAGCCGCCAUCAAUCAUGAAGGAACCUACCAAAUGGACCUCAUCGUCCAAAAAUCCAUUGCCAUGUUCCAACAAGCCCUCUCCUCUUCCCAACCAUUCUUCCUUGGCAUCGCUCCCACGGCACCACACAUGGAAGUCCAACUCAACGGCUCAUUCACCGAACCGAUUCCUCCUCCAGAGUACGCCGGGCUGUUCAACGAGACUGUGGUACCCAGGGUACCGAAUUAUAAUGUUCCGGUGGGUGGCCCGGGUGGCGGGGUUUCGUGGUUGAAGGAGCUGGAGGCAUUGAAUGAGACCGUUUUAAGUUAUGUUGAUCAUGUGUAUCGUCAACGGUUGCGAACGCUGCGAACCGUGGAUGACUUGGUAGAGAACACUGUUCAACAAGUCGAGGACGCGGGAAUCGCGAACAAUACGUACAUCAUCUACGUAGCGGACAACGGCUAUGCCCUCGGCUCACACCGCCGUCAACCAAGUAAAACGCUCCCGUUCCAGGAAGAUGUCCUCAUUCCACUCUUCAUCCGUGGUCCAGGAAUCGCGCCUAACGUCACCAAUGCUGCCGAUGUCUAUUCCAUGCCCGACCUAGGGGCCACAAUUCUCGAUCUGGCCGGUGCCACGGCGAACUACACUCUCGAUGGUCGACCAAUAUCUUUCGUUACUCCGGCUUUCGAUAAUGGCACCCAAACUACAACAGACGUGAAUAGGACUUCCCCAGUGGAGGAGCCUAGACAUACCAUCACAGAGUAUUGGAAUGUUGGAAUAUUGGAGGGUAUCUAUGCUAAUCGAGUGUUCCGGAAUCAGACCUAUCGCUCGUUGCGAGUGAAUGACGACGACGAUGAGUGGGUCUAUGGGGUCUGGUGUACGGGCGAGCGGGAGCUGUUCAAUCUCAAAACAGAUCCCUACCAACUCACCAACCUCGCCAUCAACUCCAAGUCAACUUUCUCCUUCGCCACCGUGAACAACACUGAUUACACCACCAUUGCCCCCCGUCUCGACGCCCUGCUCCUCGUUCUCCGUCGCUGUUCCGGAUCCUCAUGCCUUUCCCCUUGGUCCUCCAUCUUUCCCAAUGGAGAAGCGCAGGAUCUAUCUGGGGCCUUGAGCGCGGAGUAUGAUGAUUAUUUUGAUGGAUUGGAGAAGUUUCAGUACGAAGAGUGUAAGAUUGGAUUUUUCGAGGAUCUGGAGGGGCCGGAGUGGAGUGAGGCGCUGGCGUACGGAGAAUGA